ACAAGCAGCACACAAGCAGCACACAAGCAACCAGCCCACUCCGACAUAUAUAUUUAUCUCAAUUGCGCUUCUCCCUCUUCCUAUCUCUCCCUCCUCCUCUUCUUCCCCUGUCCUGCUCCGUCUUCUCGCUGCCCGCCAUACCAACACCCCAUACCUCCUUUUGGACAGAGUACACUCACAUCACACAUACCCGAAUUCACGACCCACCACCGAUCCUUCAAGGAAUGCUAAAGUUUUUCAGCAAAGGAUUCUCCGCCAAGGAUCUCGAGGAAAAGCACACUCGUGAACUGCUGGAGCAGGAAUGCUGGAAUCCGCCUCCGUUCGGGACGCAGGAGAUCAGGGUGCUUAUGUGUCAGGAGGUCAGCUCCAUCCAGGAUGUUGUCCUCUUUGACAGCCAGCAAGUCUUAGGCUCAGACUACAACCCAUUGGAGUCACCCAGCCCCUCGCCGGCCAAGAGUUCCUUCAAGAGCAGCAGUAUGAGCAGUCUCUUUGGAUCGCUGCGGAGCGAGCGCUCCUUGCCCUCGAACCUUUCCGGUAGCCAGACUAUGCCCAGCAGGAGGCCUACAAAACUUAUCCCUUCCAUCUAUCCAAAAUUGAUGUUCGGCACCACGCCCCUGGCUUACAAGGGAUCGACGACAAAGAUCCACCUCCUGAACGAAUCUGCUCAGAUCAUGCUGACCAAGACCUUCAGUAUACACCCUACGGAUGUCAUGGCCUAUACCGCAGCCUCAACUCGUCGGGGUUCAUUCUCUUCAAGCAACAGCACUAGCACCAUGGAAAUCUCCGGGAUGUCAACAAUAAGCGGUCAUGGCGACUAUAGAUCCCACCCCCGUGCUUCACGACCCAUGACAGCCUUUAUACCCGAGUCAGCAUAUACCAGCAAUGACCUCAAGAACGGCGCUGUAUCCUCCUCAUUACCCAAUGCCUCUAACAUCCGAGUGCGGGCACCACGACCGGGGUUCGCUGUCAGGAGAUUGAGACGUGCCAGCCAGACCAGCAUGGAAAACGGAACCUUCAAUCCAAUGCCAUUACCCAGCUCAUUUUCGCAUUUGGACAGCUUAGGAAACGCUAAGCCUGCUCUGACCCAAGCUGCUCGCUCAAAAUCCUUUUCAAUCGCUGUGUUCAUUGAGGUCAACAACAACACUCGGUUACGGGAAUUUGUUUUCUCUCACUUUGCCCUUCUGGAGACCCGCCUACACCAACUGCAGGCGCUGUGCUUGGAACUGCUACUGCCCGUUUGUCGCAGGAUGAUCAAUGCAAAGGCUACUCUGUCAGGAAACAGCCAUGUGAAAUCAAUACCCGAUCUCUCAAGGCUUGCAUUUCAGCAGGACCCAAGACUUCAGGAGGCAGUGGCGCGACUUCAGCAAGCAAUAUACCAACUAUACAGUGCGCCUCGUAUACAGGCGCCGCUAUGGCUCAACAUUAAUACAUACCCUAGCAAGAGAACUGCGUACUCAGCAUCGUUCAUGACAGAGCUGAUUCAUCUCAUGGAAGAAAACCCAGCCUCGGGGCAACUUGUGUCCGAAGUCAUCUCUUCUGUUUUGAGCCACCAUACGUCAUGGGUACCAACCGUCGCUCCAGCAGACCAGACAUUGAUCCGGGCGAAUCCUCAGGGUGCGUAUGACCCGCUAUGGGCUCAAUUGAGCGAUCUCUAUGGAAACAUUGGAACGAUAUCCAGGAUUAGUCGGACAAUUGUUGUGGGUUCCAAUUCAAGUUUUGUCCGGAGACUCCUAUAUAUUCUUAGUUAUUUUAUUCGGUGCAACGAGGUCUUCCAACGGCUAACAGAGUUCAAGGAAGAAACCGAUUCUCUUCUCAACCCACCGCCACCUGUACGAACCACCUAUGAUUUACCCGAGGACCAUGAGAGCGGCAGUCCAGCAACCAUGAUGCGUUCGAUUAGCAUACCAAAACGACCGAGGAUCGACACUUUUGCAGCAAGAGGAUCUUCUGUCUCGCGCGCAUCUGCAUCCUCUCGCCUGACUCCUAUUGGAGAACCGAUGACACCUAUCCUUCCGCAUCAUAACCAAAGCGAGCGAGAUCGGUCCAUUAUACCUUCCGUUCCCAGGAAACCUCUCUUUGACACUACGAGACCCAGAAUGGAUACAAAGGAUUCUGUCUCAACGGAAUCCACGCCUUAUCAUUCACGCCCGACGACUCCGACUACGAUAGAGAGUCGUCCAGAUUCAGAUCGAGAACUAGCUACUGGCGAAGAAAAUGGACAGCAGCAGCCUCAGCCGCCACAGCAUGCACCGAACCAUCACCUUAGAGUCGACACUGCACAACCCAGAAAACUCUCUUCGGAUACCAUGGGAACCGAGGCGGCGCGGAGUGCGCACGAUCCUGGGUGCCAAACACAGGAUGUGCUUUCCAAUGUUCCCUUACCCAUUUCCCGGGUUGUCUGUUCUUUCCCUCCGUUCCCUUCCUCAGGAGCCUCUGUGAAUGGCGCUCCAACAGCGGACAAGGUACUGCCUGCAGAUGUAUUGUUCUGCAAGUCGUAUGGCCGAUCGCUGAUGGCGCCUUACUGCGACCGGUACAUGUCUGAUUUUGCGCUUAUGGGCGUCCCGAAGUUCGACUUUCAACACUUUAUGGAGACAGACAUGAGGGAUACGAUGCGGCACUUUGAGAUCCAGGAGCGGGUCUCGUCCACAGUAUGUAUUGUGGCGGAUACGAAUACGAUGAAGUGCAACGUCUUUUGUGCGAAACCACCACCUCCACUUCCGAAGGUCCUCGAUACUGUUGAUAUGAGAGGAGGACUCGGAGGAAGCAUUGAUCUAAGAGGCGAGCCCGUGAUGCGGUUGCCGCACACGUCAACGAGCAUGUUCAUGGACGCGACGCUGCACCAAAUGAUAGAGCUGGCACAUAGCGGACUCGCGGCUGAACAAUGUUUAAAUUAUUUGGAAGACCGACUCCAUCAGCUCUACCAGUGCGGACGAAUGCUGUCGUCGAUUGCUCGUGAGAAGGACAUGCUGAGGAGCUAUCCGACUCUGGAAUCUGUGGCGCCACUACUGGGGCUCCAUCGCUCAGAUAUGGCGCUUGUUCUCGCGGUCUGCUCAACAUAUGAUGAAGAAGUCUUCAACAUCUAUGAGAAUGCAUAGACCUUUUUUUUUUUUAUUUUUUUUUUUCUUCUUUUUCGACCUUUUUUUUUCUUUUUCUUUUUUCUUUUUUCUUUUUU